UCAUCGGUGAUGGCGGGUGCGUCGGCCAGCCGAGGGAUCACCACCACAGGCCGAGGGAUCACCACCACAGGCCGAGGGAACACCACCAGCAGCUGCAGCCGCCGCAGCACCAGCGCCAGACGUCUCUCCGCCUGCACAGCACACAUGGGAUACAGUCAGCCAGUCAGAAGUGCGUGUGUGUGUGUGUGGAUAUGUAUUACUCUGACCUACCUUCUGCCGUGAGUGUGUUCUUCCAUUGCUGUCUGGUGCGUCGGGCGUGUUGUCGGACGUGUUGAACGAUGCGCGCCUCGUAGUCUCCCUGCCCCUGGUAGAAGGCCAUGGCCAGGGUGCUGUCGACGGGGUCGACGUAGUCUUCGUCAAUACACACACACACAUAGCAAGAGAGACCUCGGGAAAGUGUGCAGGGAAGCAAGGCGACACUGUUGGAGUGUUUCAGACCUGGGUUGAGCAGCAGGCCGUAGACGUUCUCCAGAAUGCUUCUCACAGUACUGCACACACAUCCAAUGCGCACACACAUGAGAGGACGGUCGAUGGCCAAAGAGCGUGUGGUGCUGAUGUACCCCACCUGUCGGUGGUGUAGGCCCGGCCGAGUAUUGGGUGACAGACUUUGCCGUAUGCGUUGACGUUGGCGUGUUGGAUGGGCGUCUCGAAGCGCAGCUCAGGGGGACGGUUGGGGUAGUCGGCGGGGAAGAUCAUGUACAGCAGCCACGUGCCGCCCUUGUACACCGUACCAUCAGGACCCUCCUGCACACACACACACACACACAAUGAACACGUCGGCCCGCCCAGGGCAUCGCCGUCUUUGUGUUGCCCACGAGUACCAUGACGAUGCGCCAGAAGCCAAUGUCCGUCUGCGACGGGUAGACGUCGAUGGCCGGGUGGGGAUGCUGCAGCAGCCCCCGCAUCUCACGCAUCAGACGACGGCUGCGCUCCUGGUUGCCACCGCCGCCCUCACCACCACCACCACCCGACACACGUGCCGCCCGCUGACCCCCGCCCUCUUGAGCGGCAUGGCCGUGCGACGCGAUGCGGGCGCUCUGGCGCCUGCCCCUCACCCAUUGCGACCCCUCUCCCUGUCCCUGCCCCUGCCCGCCCUCUCCGUCUUCAUCUGCUUGGUUGUUGGCCUGGAGUGCGGCUGCGAGGCUGCGGAAUGUCUGGUUGGCCAGCAGCUGGGCCACCUGGCGGCGGGGAGGGACGGUGGUGUCGUCGCAUACGUCGAUUGGGAAGCGGGUGGAGUUGGCGAGCAGCCUGGAGCACACGAAUUCGCUGUUGGGCAGAGUGUCGGGCCGCAAGUUGGGCGGCCGCUCGGAUGCUGCAUGCACACAGACAAGUGACUCCAGAGGAUGGGCAAGGAAUCUGUCUUUGGUGAAUGCACGGCCUUGACUGACUCAUUUACCGCUGAGCAUGACUUCGAGUUCGCAGAGUUUGAGUGCAUUGCGGAUCGAGUCGGGCUUGAACACAUAGCCGCCGGUGGCCUUGGCCAGAUACUUCAACUGACCAGAGAACACACCCAUGGUAGAUGGACGUUCACCCUCUGGUCAAGAGAGAAAGUAUUCCUGGCUGACCUGGUCGUUGUCUGUGCCUCCUACGAUGACGGCGUCGCACAGCACAUUGCUCUGCCGCAGCGCCUUCGACUCAGAGAACCUGCCACACACCACACAAAUACACACACAUGGCGUCAUCCGUCCUGUGCGUGUAUGUGUGUGUGGUGGGCACCAUGUGGUGAAGCUGCGGUUGUCUUCACCGUCGCUGAGGACGAUGAUGCGAAGCUGGGCCUUCUUACGGGAGGGCUUGGCCGCCUUCCACUUGACCAACUCCUCGCGAGCCCUCUUGACAGCAUCGAAGAUGGCGGUUCCACUUGACCAACGAGCGUCAUCCACUGCACGCCUGAAACGCUCCAGAUACGGACCUGCGCCGCACACAACACACACCACAUGUGGCACACACAGGGGAUGGUGAGGCCAUGGGUGGAUGUCGCUGUGACGGUGUGUGUGUCUUCCUUACUGAGUUGGCAUGUGUAUCUGAUGUUGGUUGGGUCAGAGAAGAGGAUGAGUCCGAGGCAGUUGGGGGUGUCGUAGGCCUCAAUGCGGUUCACCAACGUCUGGGCCAUGGAAGGAAGGAGGGAGGGACACUCAUCGAUGGAUGACCCAUCUUCACGUGUGUGAGUCUAUCUGCCUGUCGACCCACCAACCCACUCCCCCGCCCGCUUACAUACCGAGAAUAGCUGUGCCACGACGCGGAGUCUGCGCAUAAAUGCGUCCUCGCGGAAUGGCCUCGGCCGGCUGUCGUACUGGUCCUUGACAAAGGUGGUCCGCUUCGACAUGGAAGAGGAGCAGUCGAGCACCACGAUGAUUGCCUCGUUGAUAUGCCGCUCCACCAGCUCGCCCUCGCCCAUCUCGCCAACGUGAGACGAUACCUUGUCGGCCAAUUGCUGCAAAUCGAAGACCAACUCACACCCCCGCAAAGGCCGGUACAUGACGCGGCCACUCCCACAUGGCUCCAUCCCUGCACACACAUGAGGCAGGCCAGACAGGGGAGGAAUCGAUUGACUGGUUCACGGUCCCUGGCCACGUACGUGCCCGUCGCGUGUGUCAUCCCUGACCCACCCACCCACCUCUGUAGACUGCCGUGCGAAGGUCCUCGUCGAUGGUCAGCGCUGGAGCUUGUGCCUGCCCCAGAGCGGCCGGACUGACGAGCUGCAGACACGUGACCUCCCUCGGUCUGGCAGCAUCCUUCUUGACCAUAUCCCACUGGUACGCCAGGCUGCGCAACGCCGUGUCCAUCUCUCCCUCCUCCAUGGCCUCGUCCUCAGGGGGUAGCCACACGAGCACCUCCAUGCAGCUGGGAGGGGUCGCCUGCAGCAGAAGGGCCAUGUGCUUGGAUGGGGAGGGCACUGAUGAGGAGGAAGAUGACGACAUUGACUCGUCGCGGAGGCCGCUGUACAGCUUCAUCAAACGAUCGCGGACUGAAAAGAAGGGAUGCAUGGAGAACAGAUGAGUGGGGCCCUGCCGUACGUACGUAAGUAAGUCUAUCUAUCGUGUUGCCUGCCUGCCGUCCUACUAUGCAUUCACCCACCAACCUGUGAGGUUGGAUUCUUGGACAUUUUCGCUGUAGACUGGGCGUGUGAGGCGGGCGUGGGAUGUGGCACACGUGAGGGGCACCUUGCGGUAGGCCUCGGUGUCGCCAUCCUGGCUGAGGCCACGACUCGGGAGAACGUGGAGCAGCACACGGGAGUGCUCGAACAACUGCUCGUCGGGAAUGGUCGAUGGGGCCAUCUCACGAAGCAACUGCAAAAUGGACAGCGAGGCACGGGUGGGCCCUGAAGUGAGACGGCAACGCCUUGGUUUGGACGUACCUUCCACAUGACUCUGGCGACGAGUGCCUUGUCUGCCGAUCCGAUCUGCUUGGCGGUGCCAGUCUUGGCCGACAGAAUCACACGCAUGGCGUACACAGCGGGCGGGAACGACACGACGGCACGGAGGUGACCUGCAGGACACGGAACACGGCAUUAGGAAUGCCAUUUGUUGCUAUUUCCUCCUCCCUCUCUCCAUCGCUUCGCAUGCACCUACCUGUGAGUUUGUUGAUGGAUGAUGCAUCGGCCUUCUCGGCGAGCACAUAGAGGGAGGCCAGGAGGUCACUGACGCCCUUGGGGGUCUGCAUCUUGACGUUGUUCUUGGCAUUCAUCGGCAGCCCCCACUCAGACGCCGCCGCAAACACAGCCUGACACACAGGAGAGAAACAGCAAUACACAAACAGUCGCCCCCCAGCAGUCUUGUUUGUCUUACAUCGAGGCCCCCGUUUCCCUCCUGGCCGCCCUCGUCCUCGUCGCCAUCCUCUUGGUCUUCACUGUCGACGUCGAUCACCUCCCCAUCGCUGUCCGUGUCCAUCGCCGCUGGCGCAACGGCAGCCGCAGCGGCAGCCGCAGCACGGCAGCCGCAGCCGCUGCUGCUGCGGGCGCCUCUGUCGGGCUACUGUCCUUGUUCUUCUUCUUGGUGGUGUCAGUGGUGGUGGCGAGGGCCAUGGUGGGGCGGACGUUGACGUAAGCCGUCACGUCGGGUGAGAGGGCCGGCACGUACUUGAGGUGGUCGAUGAGCUGCUGCACCGUCCACUUGCCGCUGUACGAGGGCAUGCGAUGGUAAGCGCUGAACACAGAGAGGGAGGGAGGGAGGGAUGGAGGGGAAUGUUGGGAGGGGUCUGUCUGUGGGUGUCGAUCUCUUCGAUUUCACCUGAGUAUAUCGACCACGAAGCGAGCGUCCCCCAGAGGCGCCUCGGUCACGCUGAGAUGGAUGGGCGUGUUGCUGUCGUCGGUGCCGCUGCGUGAAAGCGCGAGUGCGAUGAUGUCCACCACACUCAGGCUGGGGUCGCGAAGGCGCAUCUCACAGUUGUCACCAUCCUCACGCAACGACAGGCGAACACGAUCCGACAACAAACCUGAACCACACACACACACAAUACAUACAUAUAAGAGAAGCAGUGCAUCCCAUCCCUCGCCGCCCCCACCGUUCCUCCACACCCAUACCUACCUGAUGCUUUCUGUAUCUUGUGGCUGAGCGUCUUGAGCUUGUGGUCGCUGCCCGCCACCAACUCCAUGUGCCGACUGGUCUGCGUGCCCUGCUUGACGGUGUAGCCCACGGGCAGCUGCAGCUUGAGCUUCACACUCAGGGGGUGGUGACGAACCGUGCACAGGGUGGCUGUGAUGCACGGCAGGGGAGUGUCAGAGCCGCCCCGCUGGUAGGUGGUGAUCUGGGCGGUCGCCCGCAGCUUGAUGCCCACAAACUCGAGAGACUCAUGCAGGGCAAUCGAGCCCAGAGGAAUCGUCAACUGAAGCAGGCAGGAAGGUGGUUUUCUUGUGCAUCAAUAUAUCACUGGGCAAGCAAGAGCGUUGCCGCAGGUGCCAUAGGUACCUGUCCGACACGCAGGACGCGCAGCCCCCACUGGGCGUCAUUGAAUCCAACCGCACGCGCCAAUGCUUCCGGCAAUUGCCUGCACCACAUCACACAUGCAGUGCACACAUCGCGUUCGUCCAGCCAUCCUCUCUCCGUCCGUGGAGUAUGCCUACUUGCGUGUGGUGUUGCUGUUGAGUCUGAUGACCACCCGCUGCCAGUCGGCCUGGCCACCUCCCACACCACACACUGUCGACGACGGCAUCAACACCUCCAGGUCGAAACUGUUGGCACCGACCGCAGCUGUGGCGGCCUGCGGCUGGGGUAGACUGAACCGCCAGUAGACCUGACACGACGGGCAGGUGCGCAGGCCGGUCGUCUUCAUGCGCGCGUCGAAGUGGCUGCACAGACAGUGCCCUGAAUGGAAGGCGACAGAGAGAGGCGAACCUAUGUGUGUAUGUUAGCCUGUCAGUGCAUGUUUGUCGCCCCUCCCCCGCCCCUUACUUACAGUGGUAUUUGUGGUUGCAGGAUGUGUUUUUGACGAUGGGGCAGCUGUCAGCCUUCGGCAGCUUCUUGGGCGCCUCCCCACUGCCGAGCGUCACCAGCGUCAGGUCAGCGCACUGAGCCGCCAUCCCGCCUGCGGCACCCGCUCUGCCGCCCUGCGAGCACUGCAGACACACCGCCUCCAACAGCUGACGGCAAAACCCACAACGGUCGCCAGUGCCAACGACUAACACACACACACACAACCAUCCAUCCAUCACAGUGCAUGGCUUACUCUUCACGUGUCGUGUUGUGUGGCUAUCCAUACCGUCACUGCGAUUGACUAGGUCCGCCUCAUCAAAUCGAUAGGCCAUCUUGGCCCCCGCCGCACACCGACAGUCGCUGUCACAGUCGCCACACGCUCCGAACUCACCCACGUUGGACCGCACGAUGUCGACGGGUUUCUUGUUCUUGCGGGUGGGUCUGGCAGCGGCGGCCGCCGGGAUGUCCCGCAGGGCCAGCUCCUCCUCGAGGAUCUGCUGCUUCAACUCGUCCACCGUGGCCCGGUUGGACACACUGACGGUGCUGGUGCGGUCGAGCGUGGCGUACGUGAACGACACCUGACACACACGGACACACGCAUGGCAUGCAGCGCGGAUGAAUGAGCUCUGCCGCCUGUCGUGUUUGUGUUGGGUGCACCUCUGUUUCCUCCUCGUCUGUUUCCAUUUUGAUGUCCACUGAUCCAUUCCCCUCCACAGCAGCAGCAGCCGCAGCAGCAGCCGCUGCUGGUGCCCCCUUGAGCUGCUUGGCUUUGUGUUCUGGCCCUUCGUGGCUGUCGUCACCUCCUUCGUCUGCACCGUCGACAGAGUGAGGUCGCUUCCGGCCGCGGGUGAGGGGUGGCCCUGCCGCAGCUGCUGCUGGUGGGGCGAGGGGUGGAACGAAUGCUGGAACUGCCACAAACUUGUCACCAUCUUCGCUGCAAGAAGGGAACAGAGAACGAUGGGCGGCGUGCAUUUGCCGGUGUUGUGCUUUUCUUGUUACCAUGCCUCUCUGAUGUUGAUGUCAGCAUCGUAGGUGUCACCGUUGACAAGCAGGUGCUCGACGACCAGCCGCUGUGCGCGAUUGGCCUGAAAGGCAGGGUUGGUCGCAAUCUUUGAGUUGACCUGCAACCCAACCACAGCAGUAAGUCGCCACGCACCAACAAGCAGAUGACCACGUCACACGAUGAAUGGCGCUCCCUGUGGCUGGUGACUCACUUUGCGCAGCACGUCCGCCGCCGUGGUCUCAUCGUUGACAGUGACAACGACCUUCGAGCCGCGCUCCUCGACGGCAACGCCGACGAUGUUCUUGGUGAAGGUCAUUGAUGGAAGAUCACACAAUCAAUCCCACUGACGACGCGUAGCUCAUCGUCGUCCUGCGACGAUCUGGCGCGUAG